AUGUCGUUCAAGUUUCCACCGCCUCCGCCACCACCGCCCAAGGCUACGUCAAACGAGCAACCAUACCCAAGCCAACGAGAAAGCCACAACCGAGGAGGAGGCGAGAGAGGUCGCGGAAGAGGAGGAAACCAUAACAGAGGUGGUGGCUUUCAUAACGCUUCCGGGAACUCACGAGGCGGGCAUGGACAGAAUCGUGGGCGAGGAGAUGCGCGUGGUAGAGGCCAAAGGGGAGGUUAUCAAAACAACAGAGGGGGUGGAUUCCACAGGAACGAUACCAGGGAUGGCCUUGGAAACGACCAUAGCAAUGCGCCGCAGAAUGUCACCUCACUGGAAGCACAUGCUAACCCCCAGUCUUCACCAUCCGCAUACAGCCAGCCCGAUGCUCAGUAUUCUCCGCCCAAGCAUGCAGGCCAGAAGCGAAAAUUAACCGACCGUAACGGUAAUGCACAGUCACAAAGGAACUCCCAGCAACACAGCUCGAAACCGCCCCGAGCCAAGGCUGCCGUGCCACCACAGGUACCCAGCUUUGGCUUUUCGCUGCCGCUGCCCUCGAUCCCGAAACCCGACAACAAGAAGCGCAAGAUCGCUCUUGGGCUCUCACAAAAAGUCGAGCAAGAUGAAAGUAGUGGUGAAGAGGACAUUGACGAAGAGGCGGCAUUUUCUGAGAAACUCAAGGGUGGGGGCUUCGCUUUUGAGCAUGAAGGAGAGACCAUCACAAUACAAACAGGCGCUGAAGUCGCAGCAUGGAUCAGGGAUCGCAGAAAAAACUUUCCAACACAGCAGAGGAUCAUGGAAAAGCAGGAUGAGGCCGCGCAGAAACGGUCAGCAGAGCUCGAGUUUUUGCGCAGGAUGAAAGGGAAGCCACCAAAAGAGAACGAGUUAGUGACACACAUUCAAAAACAACCAAACAAGGACCGUGGUGAAGCAAAAAAUGAUGGCGCAAAACAAGAGGCGGAAACAAAGAGACAAGAGGAGCUGGCUACGUUGCGCAAAAGGUUGCAUGAAAGCAUGGUGAAGAAACAGUCGACACCAGCGACGGUAGACCUUGGGCUGGGAUACGAUAGCGAGACAGAGUCGGACGAGGAGAGCUCGGUCCUCUCUGAGUCGUCAGUCGUGUCCAGUUCGGAAGAAUCAGAAUCUGAUUCCGGUUCUGAUUCAGAGAGCGACGAGGCACCAGAAACUGCGUCAUCAAAAACUGCUCCACCGCCAAUAAAAGUUCCACCCCCUCCGCCUGCGUCGGCGCGAACAGAAACAAAGAGCAACAAAAUGUGCACGAAUUGGAAGCGAAACGGAAGGUGUCCAUACUUGAGCAAAUGCAAAUACCAGCACCCACCCAAGGACGAGGAUAAUAAGCUUAAGGGGUUGUAUGAGCGCAUGGUGGAGCAGGAGCUUGUCAAGGCGGACCAGCUAGCGCUGGAUGCAAUCAAAUACCUGGGGCAGAAUGGAUUCUUGGGGUGA